AUGACCCCCACACUAUUACUAAGCGUGUCCACUCCCACCCGCCCCGGCCGGCCCGAUCCACUCCCACCCCACCACUCUCUCUCUCUCUCAUCCCAAAAAAAACUCUCUCAAGAACUCACGAUCUCCUCACGAUCCAGCCCAGCUCCUCUCCCCACGAUCUCCUCGCCACCGCCCCCACCCACGCCGGCCGGUUCUGGCGAGCACCGGUCGCGCACAACACUCCCCCAAGCGCGCCCCUCCCUCCGCCCACACCCUGAUCCAGUAAUAUCCCUUCCUCCCCUCGUCGACCGCUUCGGCUUCGACGACGAUGGCGCCGCCAUCCGCAUCCUCUCCGACGCCGACCCGGCCGCGCCGUGGCAGCAGCAGCCCACAGGCGCCAACAUCCGCCGCGAGCUCGCGCGCCUCGUCGCCGAUGCGCGGCCCGGGGACUCCCUCUUCUUCCACUACAGCGGCCACGGCACGCGCCUGCCCGCCGAGACCGGCCAGGACGAUGACACCGGCUACGACGAGUGCAUCGUCCCCUCCGACAUGAACCUCAUCACAGGUGAUCAAUUUGCUCCUCUUCACUACACCCACCAGGUAAUUAAUCAGUAGACUACAGUUGCUGAGAAAUUAAACUAACCAAGGCUGUGUUUUUUUAGAUCAUGAAGGAGAGAUGUAUAAGGCUGUACUUAUAUACUGAUAGCUAAUUAAGAAGCUGGGAAAUAUAUGCAGACAGAGAUAUAUGUCAAAUCAGAGAUGAAACUGGCCGGAUGAUUAGCCAGAGACCGAGUCUAGGUGCAGUGAUCUGUGCUGCCGGCAGGCCACUUGGCCGGUUGCAGUACUCGUUAAUUAGGCUCUACUGAAGAAGUGCACCUGUGGAGAGAUUCAGUUAUCCAAUGGUUGUCAAGCCGUAGAGAACAUACUGUCACUUCUACUCCCUUGUAGCGUGUCAGCGAUCUGCACUGAAGCAAGGGAUGGAACUCAGGCUGGUACUGACCAAACUGAAGAUGUAAGGCAGAACAGAAGAAGGGCGCCAAGGUGCCAGCGAGUGGGUGACACGGCAGGAAUUGAUAAGGGCCAGCCUAUUAGUGAAUAGAGACAGACCGCGAUCGACCACAACAAUGACACUGUUCACAUAAAUCUUGGAUUCAUAUGGGAGAAGCACAUAAGGGAGAAGAAGACGAUUGAAAGGAUGGAGAGGGAGCAAAUCAUUUGGAGGGAUAGAAUGCCACUGUUUGGUGUUUUUAUGCAUUUUUGUUUGCUUUCAACUAUGUUUGCACUAGCUGGGAAUAAGUGACUAGGCAAUAAGUGUAGAUGUAUGGAUAUGCUCUAAUGCUCCUGGUUUACUAU